AUGGACGGAGAGGGACCCAAGGCGUGCCCCUUCGCCGUGCUGGUGGAGGGGGCCUGGGGGGCGGCGGAGCCCCCCCGGGGCGUGAGAAACAAGCUCCUGUGCUACUUCCAGAGCCGGAAGAGGUCUGGCGGGGGCGAGUGCCAGCUCCAGCGGCCCCCCGGCCGGCUCCUGGUUUGCUUCGCCCGGGAAGAAGCGAGGCAGAGAGUUCUAUCCCAAAAGGUCCAUGAGCUUGACUUGGGUGGAAAAGGAAAACUGGAGCUGACAGUCAGGCUGCAUGAAACAACUGAAGCCCCUGAAAAGGGUGCGUCCACAGAGGAGAGAGUUCCUGAGCAGGCUUCUAAGGAAGAAGAUCGUCCAAAAGAGAGAGCUGUGCAGGAAAGCUUACAAAAAGGGGACUUCGCAGGAAGAAGCACAUCGACUGGAAUAAAUCCAUCCCAUGACAAGGAUGUUUCCGAAGACCUGCCAGCAUCUUCUCUUGUUGUUCUUGAAGGUGUUGAAGAAGCCAUCACGCAAGAAAUGCUGACACUGCUAGUGGAAAAUAUUACUAGCCUCUCUGGACAAGAUGACUUACAAAUUGAAUUGAUAAGGGAGAGAAAAGCUGCCGUGCUGACCUUUCCGAGAAAUAAUGAUGCUGCAGAAUUUCUUCACAGAUGUGCCCAGAACUCUAGGUUUAAAACAUUCAAAUUUACCGCAAGGUCUCUUGAACUGACAAAAAUGAUCAAAGUUCAAAAUGUGCCUCCUGGAACUUGCGAAGAUUUUAUAGGUCUUUACUUUGAAAGUGCUAAGCAUGGAGGAGGACAAGUGUCCAACGUUCAGAUAUUUCCUGAGGAGGAUUCUGCCAUCGUUACUUUUUGUGACCACCAAGCUGUGCGGACAGUAUUGGAAAAGCGUCAUUCUUUUGAAAGUCAGCCAGUGUUGGUUUAUCCAUACUACAGUUCUUUGAGCACAGUUCUGUAUGGAAAGGAGAGGCCGCAGAUCAAAAUGCCAGAGCCUAUCAAGGUCCCCUUAGAUCCUCAUAUCUGGCAGUUCAUACAAACACAGCAUAAACUAGUCGAAGAGAUAAAUAAGGAAAUGGCCAAUUGUUAUUGUGAACUCACAUGGCCUCAAGUGACCUGCCAGCAUCCAGAGGUCAUGAUACGUCCUUCAGCUGCCUUAUCGAAACAAGCAGGGUCUAUGAUGAAAUUCAUCAAGAGCUGGAAAGACAAGGUUUCCAUGGAAUUUUCAUGCAUUAUUUCAAAGUUCAAGACUGCUGAAUGUAAAGUAAUCCCAGCGGCAUGGGACACCAUAAAGCAUACUUUGAUAAAGGGUGAUGUUUUGGCCAUUCCAGAUGUUCGCAAAGAAUCUGUUACUCUGGCAGGUUUUGUAUUCACUGUAGAUGGUGCGGAGAAGAUGAUAAAAGAACAUGUAGGAAAUGUCAUCAAAAAUGAAGAAAGAGCAAAACAAACUGUAGAAGAAACUGUAUCAUUAGCUCCAGGAAAUUAUGCUGUUUUGCACCGUGGGUUACUUGAGGAGAACAUCAAUAAAAAGAACCCAGAUUUAAACCUCUCUUAUGAUUCUUCCGCAAAGAUUCUGCAACUACAUGGACUAAAUACAGAAGUGUAUAAAAUGAAAAGCAUCAUUCUGGAGCGGCUGCACAAAAUGGAAGAGAAACAAGUCAACAUUCACACGGAUAUUUUUCAGUUCCUACAGCAUGCAAAUACCAAAAAGGUGUCCAUGAAAAUAUUUGGUGCAAAUAAAAUUAACGCUUCCUAUGAGCUUGCACCUGAUUGUGUUGUGUUGGUAGGAUGUUCUCCUGAAGUUCUCUGGAAAGCAGAGGAACGGAUGAAGCAAGACUUGGAUCAGAAACAGAUUCCUUUGGAGGACCAAGGAAUACUCAACAAAAGGGAGUGGAAAGAACUUGUGAAACAAUUACAGAGGAAGCAUAAUUCUUCUGAAGAAGCCGUAAUAAUUGAUGACUGUCUUCUUUCGGGGCAAGAUGGUAAAAUAAUUAUAGCUGGCUAUACAAAAGCUGUAGCAGAUGUUUAUCAGGCUCUGUCUGAGUUUGUUGGCAGAAACACCCCCAUGAUAAAAGAAAUCUCAGCCAAGUAUGUGGCUGUUGUGAAGUUUGUGGAGAAGGAAAAGGCUGAGGUUUGGCUCAACUUGAGGAAAAAAGGUGUGAAAGUUGAGUUUGGCCCAAAGGGUAAACGUAAGAACAUUAUGCUGAGUGGAUCCAAAGCAGAGGUCCUAGCUGCAGCUGCUACGGUUGAACAGUUGCUGUCUUUGGUGCAUUCUGUCACCGUGGUAAUUGAUAAACCAGGAGUGAAAUCGUUUUUCAAAAGCCGAGAACAUUCCUACAUUGCUGAAGCCAAACAACGUUUCAGCUGUUUGAUCAGACUGCAGGAAGAUAGAGAAGAUAUUGAGGGCUCUAAGGAAAAGAUAGGGCACCCCCACUCUGAAAUAAAGUUAAAAGAUGGUGUUGUGAUAACAGUUCGUAAGGGUGACUUGACCCAUUAUCCAGUGGAUGUUGUGGUCAAUGCAUCGAAUGAAGACCUGAAGCAUAUUGGGGGCCUUGCUGAAGCUUUGUUAAAAGCAGCAGGCCGUGAACUGCAAAGAGAAUGUGAUGAACUUGUGAGUAGGUAUGGACGUUUGAAGCCUGGCCGUGCAGUUAUCACAGAUUCUGGGAAUCUUCCAUGUAAACAGGUAAUUCAUGCAGUUGGGCCAAGGUGGAAGUAUGAAGAAAGAGAAAAAUGUAUCCUACAGUUAAAGAAAGCUGUGAGGGAAAGUUUACAUCUGGCAGAAACAUACAAUCAUCGCUCCAUAGCCAUCCCUGCCAUUAGCUCUGGCAUCUUUGGAUUCCCACUAAAAGAAUGUGCCCAUUGCAUAGUGACAGCUAUCAAAGAGAGCUUGGAAGAAUCUAGUGAGAGUGGAUGUGUGAAAAAGAUCUGCCUUGUGGAUGUGUCAGAUAAUACAAUUCAGGCUUUCACCGAUGCCUUGAAUGAAGUGUUCAGAGAUGGAUCUCCCCGACCCGAAUCACCAACUCCUCCUCAAAGGGACACGCAGCCAUCAGAGAAAGCUGUCAGAGAGGACCUUCCUGUGGUGUUUUCUCGUGAAGGCUUGAAACUCAUGCUUGUGGAAAAGGGCAUUGAAGAGGCCAUGACGGACGUCGUCGUAGGCAGUAUCGGCAGUGAUCUCAAGCUUGGUGUGGGUCCGCUUUCCAAAGCACUGCUGAAAAGGGCUGGCUCUCAGCUACAAGUUGAGUUUGACCAGGUGGUCCAACAAGGACAACAGGCUCAGCCUGGCUGUGUGAUCCAAACCGGAGGAUACAAUCUGACCUGUAAAUUUGUGCUGCAUGUUGUUGUUCCUGCAUGGAAUGCAGGGAAAGGAAAUGGAAUGAAGGUUCUUCAAGAUAUUGUGACAGAAUGCCUGGAGAAAGCCGAAGCACUGUCUUUAAGUUCUAUCUCAUUCCCGGCAAUUGGGACUGGAGGAUUUGGCUUUCCUAAAUCUGCAGUCGCAAAAUUAAUGUUUGAGGAGGUGCUUCAGUUCAGUAGCAGGAAGACUUUGAGGUCUCUUCAGGAAGUUCAUUUUCUCUUGCAUCCAAGGGAUGUUGAUAACAUAAAGGCAUUUUAUGAGGUGUUUGAAUCCAAAAGUCCCAAGCAUGUGCCCCCAAAUGAUGGACAAAGUGCAGGUUUCUUUGGACCCAUUUCAACCCCAGUUUUGGGCAUUCAUGAAAUGCAGAUUGGAAUAAUUAAAUUCCAAGUUGCCACAGGAGAUAUAACAAAGGAGAAUACAGAUGUUAUCGUAAAUAUAUCAAAUACAAAUUUUAAUGCCAAAUCAGGUGUCUCCAAGGCCAUUUUGGAAGGUGCUGGACCACAAGUGGAAACGGACUGUGCAUUACUUGCUUUGCAGCCUAACAAUGGAUUUAUAACAACCCAAGGUGGCAAUCUGAUCUGUAAGAACAUUAUCCAUCUUAUCCCUGACUCUGACAUCAAAGCUCAGGUUUCCAAAGUGCUCCAGGAGUGUGAACUGAGGAAGUACACAUCUGUUGCCUUCCCUGCAAUUGGAACAGGCCAAGGUGGCAAGAGUCCAGAGAAUGUAGCUGAAGAAAUGAUUGGUACAAUUGCUGACUUUGCAGGCAAGAAAUCACCCCAGCACGUAAAAGUAAUUAAAAUAGUCAUUUUUCAGCCACAUAUGCAAAAUGCCUUUUAUGCUUGUAUGAAAAAGAAAGAAGGUUCUGCAUUACCCUCCUCAGAAUCCCUGUUUUCUAGAUUUAAAUCAUAUGUCACUAGUAAAAUACAACCUGCCACAAAGAAACGUUUGUUGCUUUUGGAAAAGAAGUUAGAAGUUGCAGUGUUUGAAAUUUGUGGUGAACGCAAAAAAAAUGUGGAAGACACUGAGGCCUGGUUAAAGCAACUAAUUCUGCAGGAGCAGACAGAAAAGUGUAUCUCUGACGUGUUAAUCGAAAUGUUUGAUGAAGCAGAAAUUAAGCAACUGAAUGACCUGCAGAGAAGAUUACACAUUACCAUUCACCUGGAUAAAAAGCAGUCCCCUCCUUCGAUUCUGGUGUCCGGCAUCCCCCGGGAUGUCCUGGAGGCCUACAUGCACAUUCAGAAGCUAAUCCAAACAAUGAAAGAUGAUCGCGAAGAGCAAUCCAAGGCAAAACUUGCUCAUAAUCUGGUUGAGUGGCAAUAUUCUCCAAAAGGGGAUCUGUUUCUACCUUUUGAUUUGCUAGACAAUCUCCAUUUAGAAGAUGCUAAAAUUAAUAAUACUGUGAAGGCAAGGAUCAACAUUCAAGGAAAGAGCUACAUGGCAGACUUCAAGAACUUGACUGCUACAGACAGCCAGGGAAAAAGCAUAAGCAUUAGGCGCAUGGCAAAGGAGGAAGGUAAACUAUUACUAGGACUUCCUAAAAAUUGGGAGGAUAUGAAUGGAGCCCUUGUGAAAAGUGUUGCAUUGCAGGCUUCGACACCAGAAUAUCAAGGUGUUGAAACAAAAUUCCGGGCCAGCUGUCGGACACAAAAAAUAGAAAAGAUUGAAAGGAUACAAAAUCCUUACCUCUGGCAAUCCUACAAAGUCAAAAAGGAAGAAAUGGACAAUAAGAAUGGCCAUGAAAACAAUGAAAAAGUUCUGUUCCAUGGAACUCCCAGUUCGACAAUAACCCCAAUUAACCAGACUGGAUUUAAUCGCAGCUAUGCUGGAAAGAAUGCUGCAGCGAUUGGAAAUGGCACCUAUUUUGCUGUGCACGCCAACUAUUCUGCAAUGGAUACGUAUUCAACACCAGAUGCCAAUGGCAGAAAAUUUAUGUACCUUGCUCGGGUCCUCACUGGCGAGUUCACAGUUGGAAAACAAAGCCUGGUUACUCCACCACCAAAAACCCCUGGGGGUAUUGAUCUGUACAAUAGUGUAACUGACAACUCGGCUAAUCCAUCCAUGUUUGUCAUAUUUCAUGACGCUCAGGCUUAUCCAGAAUAUCUUAUUACUUUCAGGAAAUAG